UGAAAAUCCAUAGAUACAUUGUAUAAACACCCCACCCCCCAUUAGCCUCUGACCCAAUUCUUUGCUUUCCAUUAUUUUCUGAUUCAUUUUUUGCCCUUCUUGAUAGGGUUUCUCCAUGACCUAUUGCCUCUCAGCUUUCUGAUGCAUUCAGUUCUUCAGCCUCUACAAUUCAUAAUCACACUGUUGUUAUUCAUCAGUCUGUCACUUUUUGCUCUCUUUGGAGGGGUUUUUGGUCUCUUGCCAUCAAGAUUCGAUCUUUAUAGGAUUUCCCAGUUACAUACAUGUCUAAGCUCUUUGAAUUCAGUGUGAGGGAAAAAGCAGAUCCACUCAAAAGUAUGGGAAAGAGUGGCAAAGAAGAGCCACAAACAAUUGGAGCUUAUCUCUCCCAUUCCUUCGUAGUCGCCGGCAGAGAAGUCUAAAAGCCAGCCGGAGGAAGCUGGUCUGCCUGCGAAGAAGCGGAGCUCUGGUUCUCGGCCAUUGUUGUGGCGUCAUAAUCGUAGAUCGAAGAGUUACAGUGAAGGGUGAGGACUGAGGAGGAAGGGACUUUUACGGUUAUUUCCAUGUCAGCAAGUGAAACACGCUUUCUACACCCACACUACUUCCCUUCACACCGUUUAAUUUUAUUUUGCCAACUCAUCAGGAGACUACGUGCAUUGGAACCGAAAUUUGAUAUACAAUGUCUAAUAUGGAUGACAUGGCACAAAUUACCUUCACUAGGACGGUAGCGUUGUGGUUGCUCUUAUGGAACGGUCGUAAUAUGCGUGACAUGAAAGCUUCUUCUUGUAGUAGUGACAGGCCCCAUGGGCUAGAAGUGUUGAUGAUUUUUGCCUUGGAGGGCCAGUCUACCCUAAUCAAAAGGACUCUCUCCUCUUCUUGUCUCUCGGCCACCAAGCAGAUGUGUUUUUUCCCUCUCGCAAGAGGUCUCGCAUCAGCGCACCUUUUGUAUUUCGUGGACAAGAAUUCCAACAGAAAAAGUCGGAAGCUUCCAUUGACGUCCUUCCGGAUGAAUGUCUCUUUGAGAUUCUCAGACGCCUGCCUGGUGGGCAGGAAAGAAGUGCCUGUGCUGGCGUAUCCAAACGCUGGCUCAUGCUUCUAAGUACUGUCAGCAGAGAUGAAAUAACCACUGCUGAUGAAAACAACAGCAAACCCUCAGAAACGAAUGAAAGGGCAAAUCCGUCCAUUGCUCAACCAGACCUUUCUGUCAAGUCUGAUAAUAAGAAGGAUGAGGUUGUCCUCCCUAGUAAUGUUCUGGAAGGUGAGGUGGAGGUUGAAGGUGGAAAUGAGGAUUGUGGGUUUCUCUCGAGGUGCCUUGAUGGGAAGAAAGCUACAGAUCUUAGACUUGCAUCUAUUGCUCUGGGGAUCACCAGCCGUGGAGGAUUGGGUAAGUUAUCCAUCCGUGGAAGCAAAUCUUCCAGCGUGACGGAUUUGGGCCUCAAGGCUAUCGGUCGAGGUUGUCCUUCCCUCAAAUCUCUUUCUCUCUGGAACUUAUCAAACAUAAGUGACGAAGGGUUACUAGAGAUUGCAAGUGGGUGCCAUCUGAUAGAGAAGCUGGAUCUUACCCAAUGCCCGAGAAUCACAGAUAAGUCUUUGACUGCAAUUGCCAAAAACAACCCCAAUUUGACUUCUGUGACCAUAGAAUCUUGUUUGAACAUUGGAAAUGAAAGUUUGCAGUCUGUUGGUAAAUACUGCCUGAAUUUGAAGUCCAUAACAGUGAAGAGAUGUCCACUUAUCGGAGAUCAGGGACUUGCAAGUCUUUUCACAUCAGCUGGUAUGCAUCUCACCAACGUCAAACUCCAGUCUUUAAGCCUAAGUGACAUCUCCCUAGCAGUUAUUGGACAUUAUGGCGUUGCUUUGACCGAUCUGAAUCUGGCCAGUCUUCAAAACAUAAAUGAGAAAGGAUUCUGGGUCAUGGGUAAUGGUCAGGGUCUACAGAAUUUGAGGUCACUAGUGGUGGCAUCUUGCUUGGGAGUAACGGAUUUGGGAGUGGAAGCUUUGGGAAAAGGUUGCCCAAACUUGAAACAAAUUUGUUUCCGAAAAUGCCCUUUUCUGUCCGACAAUGGAGCGGUGUCUCUUGUGAAAUUUGCCUCAUCUCUUGAGAGCCUACAGUUGGACGAGUGCCACAGGAUCACCCAGGCAGGUGUUUUUGGCAUCCUUAUACUCUCUUGCGGGAAACUGAAAGCUCUCUCUUUAGAGAACUGUUUUGGAAUCAAAGAUUUGGCAUUUGGCAUGAAUCCUGCUGCUAUGUUGUCCUCCCCUUGCAAGUCUCUCAGAUCAUUGUCAAUUUCUAACUGCACUGGAUUUAACGAUGACAUCCUUGUGAUUUUGGGCAGAAUAUGCCCUAAUUUGGUGAAUGUGAACAUCAGUGGGCUCCAUGGUGUUACGGAUAAUGGGCUUCUCCCCUUUGUUCAAGGAUGUGAUGCGGGUUUGGUCAAGGUGAACCUAAGCGGGUGUGUUAAUGUGACCGACAAGACCAUUUCAACCAUGGUUAAAAUACACGGAGAGACACUUGAGCUGCUAAAUCUUGAUGGGUGUGGAAGAGUUACUGAUGAGAGUUUAUAUGCAAUUGCAGAACAUUGCUCCGUGCUGCGUGAAUUUGAUGUGUCUAAAUCUAGGGUUAGUGAUUCCGGGAUUGCGGCUUUGGCGGUCGGUCCGGUUCAGACCACUAUUCAGAUCCUUUCCCUCUCUGGGUGUACUUCGGUGUCAGACAAGUGCUUGCCUUACCUGUGUAAGGUGGGGUCCAGUCUCACAGGAUUGAACAUUCAGAGUUGCCAUGGAAUCAGCCAGCAUGGUGUUGAUAUGCUAGUUGAAAGGCUCUGCAGGUGUGAUAUCCUUACCUGAUUGAGGAUAGUGAUUGUUGUUUGGUUAUGUUCUUGGUAGUAUACUUUUUGGGUCUGCCUUGGGUUGUGGGUCCGGAGUUUCAGCUCCUUUUUCCAGGAAAUGUGGCCUUUUUUUCAACUUCCGGAAGCUUCUGGAAGCUGUUUCAAGAACUUUUUUUCUCUCUCCGGUGAUGGGAGGGAUUCGUUCUUCAUGGCCAUACUUUUCUGUGAUUAAUACAGAUGCUGGGAAUUCUGGAUCUAAUAGGCUCUUGGUGUUCCUCUUCAGGUUUUAACUUCUGUUCAUGAAAAGAAAAGAAAAAAAAAGGUUUUAGCUUAAUGCUUGUAGUCUGGCUUUGGUUGAAAGAUUUAUAUAUAAUCUCCUGGUGUGUUUGGCUUCCUAGUUUUUAUUGUGUGUUACCAUGGGGUUGAACCUAUCUGUGUUGCUUUUCGUGGUCGGUUUGGUUGCUUGCUUGCUUUGGCAGUUCUUAAAUCCGAUGCUUUUGCUUUCCGGGGGCAUUGGCUGGGGCAGCGAUGGGAGUUCUACUCUUUGUGGUCUGCCUCAACAACCUUUGUGGUUGUUUUAUUUAUCUAUUUUCCCAAUCCCUAGUUUUGCAAGCAUCUCUUGUUUAGCUGCAUUCUCUCGUUUUAAUAUGUAAUAAUAAUGUAGCAAAGUUGGAAGUGCUACUUGUUGUAUUUGUAUUCUAUUGUGUGUUGUGUAUUCUCUUUGGGGGAAAACCCAUCGUGUAAUGGAAUUGGCUUUGGUAUUGUGUAACUUGUGUUUGUAUAUCUCACCCUUUACUUUUCGAUGUGCAUUUUGAUUAUUUCUAUAUAAAAG